AUGCCGUGGAGCGCAGCGAGAGACACAUUGAGUAUCAGCGCAAUGGGCUGUGCCUCGAAAAAUGUCUGCAAAGGAAAUGGAUUUUUAAGCGUUUUAGCGAAACCAAAAUCAUUGGAAGAAAUAAAAUGUACGAAUGUCACCAACGCUGAGCCAUUGAGGACGGGACAUUUUCUGUGGUGCUUCUUCUGCCACGAUUACAAUGUCAAGAACUGUUCAGACCAGGCAUACCUGUGCUCGCCCGAGCAGGACGUCUGUGUGUUUGAAAGAACAAGGAGCAUAUACAACAGAAGAGAAGAAGUAGAAAUUACCAAACGAUGCGGUAAAUCCAUUGAAUGUAGCAGAGCUGGAAGCAUACGAAGCUCAACCAAGACUAUCUACAUGAAUACCACCUGUUGUGACUAUAACGUAUGCCAGGCGCCAAUACCAGACUUGCCCUCAGCCAGCAUUGAGGAGAAUGGACUCACCUGCCCGACUUGCUUUGUCCCAAACUCAGAUCGUUGUCUUGGGCGAAGCGGCUUGAAAUGCUCCGGAAACGAACAACGCUGCAUCCACUACAUGAAGACCGAGGUGCAAGAGAUUUCCACUGUGACAGAAAGCUUACAUGGCUGCACCACCAAUGAGAUCUGUGAAGCUGGAUCCGGCAUGUACCCCCCAGUAGGACGUUACCACAAAUCCACAAAGAUUGAAGUAAUGUGCAGCAGGGCGGUGGGGUGGAGCGCUCCUCUCUGCACUGUCCUGCUCUCUGUCACAGUCAUCGUCCUGGCGCUCGUCAGACCCUCAUAACUCCACUGUCUUCAUAUUGACUAUUUCAU